AUGUUGGCUAGGGUUUUCAGAUCUGAAUCAUCAUCCUCCUCUGUUGGUGCUUCAGCUAGAUUGAUCAGCAGCAGCAGCACGAGAUUCAUUCAGCGUCGCGUCGCCCAGAAAGGUACGGUUUCAUCAAAGCGUCUACCUUUCGAAGGAGAGAGUUUGAGAUUAGGAAGUGUUUCUCAUUAUAUCGAAACCUUAGAUAAUGCGAUUGAAUUGUUCGAUGAUAUGGUUCGAUCUUGCUCCUUCUAUUCGGCUGUUGAUUUCAAUAAACUUAUGUGUGUCAUCGUCAGAAUGAAUCGUCCCGAUGUUGUGAUUUCUCUCUACCAGAAGAUGGAACUGUUGUUACCUGAUGAUCUCUCAGUUGAUAUCUACAGCUUCAAUAUUUUGAUAAAAUGUUUCUGCAGCUGUCAUGAAUUGUAUUUUGCUUUGUCCACACUGGGCAAGAUCUGUAAACUUGGUUUCCACCCUGAUGUUGUUACGUUUAACACGCUGAUUCAUGGGUUAUGUCUCCAAGAUCAGAUUUCUGAAGCCUUGGCUUUGCUUGAUCGAAUGGUGGAAGAAGGUCAUCAACCUAACCGGAUAACUUACGGAACUAUUGUAAAUGGGAUGUGUAAGAUUGGUGACACUGACUCUGCCUUGAAUCUGCUUAGGAAUAUGGAGGAAAGCCACAUCAAACCCCAUACUGCUAUCUAUAACUCUAUCAUUGAUCGUCUUUGCAAAGACGGGCAAUACAGCGAUGCUCAGAAUCUUUUCACUGAAAUGCAGGAAAAAAGGAUUUUUCCCAAUGUGAUUACUUACAGCUGUAUGAUACAUUGUUGUUGUCUCUCGGGUAGAUGGAGUGAUGCUGAGGGACUUCUCCGUGAUAUGAUUGAAAGGAGAAUCAAUCCGAAUGUUUUUACUUUCAAUACAUUGAUUUAUGCGUUUGUCAACGAAGGGAAGUUCUCUGAGGCUCAAGAGUUAUACGAGGAGAUGCUCCGUAGGGAUAUAACUCCUAAUGCGGUUACUUAUAGUUCAAUCAUCAAUGGGCUUUGCAAGCGUAACCGUCUCGAGGAUGCCAAGCGCAUGUUUGAUUUGAUGGAAACCAAGGGCUGCUCUCCGGACGUAGUCACUUUCACUACUCUCAUAGACGGAUGCUGUAGGGCUAAGAUGGUAGAUGACGGAGUGGAACUUCUCCGUGAGAUGUCUAGAAGAGGAUUAGUUCCUGAUAUAUUUACUUAUAGCACUCUUAUUCACGGGUUCUGUCAGUUGGGCGACCUUAAUGCUGCUCAAGGCCUUCUCAGUGAAAUGAUUUCUCGUGGUUUGCACCCUAAUGUCGUAACUCAUAGCAUUGUGUUGCAUGGUUUUUGUGUUAAUGGGAAGCCUGAAAAGGCGUGGAAAUUAUUUAAGGCCAUGCAAAAGAGUAAUAUGGUCGUUGAUAUUCGUGCUUAUAACAUCAUGAUCCAUGGAAUGUGCAAGGCUAGUAAGGUGGACGAAGCAUGGCAUUUAUUCACUAGUCUCCCCCUCAGUGGUUUGCAACCUGAUGUUCAAACUUACAGUAUAUUGAUCAAUGGAUUUUGUGGGAAAGGUUUAAAGCAGGAAGCAGAUGCUCUGUUUAGAAAAAUGAAAGAAGAUGGGACUCUCCCAAAUGACUCUACAUAUAAUACGCUGAUCCGGGCACAUCUUCGAGAUGGUGACACAGCCACAUCAGCAGAACUCAUCAAAGAAAUGAAGAGUUGCGGGUUUGCUGGAGAUGAUUCAACCUUUGGCUUGGUCACUAGUAUGUUACAUGAUGGGAGACUGGACAAAAGCUUUUUGGACAUGCUUUCUUAA